AUGCAAUUCGAACAGUUCCGAAAGUCCAAAGUAAUUACCACAAAGCAACAAUAUGCACUAAUGGUUGAGCUGUUACAGCAAAAACCAGAAAUGGCACAGGGUUUUACCAAGUGCCCUAAAGAAGAAGUGGCAGCUGUUUGGAACAAUAUGGCCCAAGAACUGAAUAGUGUUGGUCCGCCUAUCAAGGAUAUUUCCAGCUGGAAGAAGGUAUGGCUUGACUGGAAGGCCUAUAUAAAAAGGAAAUUAGUUGAAAAUAAAAAGGAGCAGUCAGCUACUGGUGGCGGCAGAAAUAGGCAGCACCAUUUCAACGAAUUGGAGGAAGCGGUGAUCACAUUAACGGCAUUGCAAACAAGCACAAGUGGUAUCGAGAAUACU